AGUGCGCCUGACCACGUCUCCUGCUUUGCUGAGCUGCAUAUCAACAUUUCCGUAGUUUAUCUUUUUAGUGGAAGCGGCGGUAGUGGCGUUCCGAGUGAUAAAAGACGCGCGUAAUAAAACCCUCUGCGUGUGCAAAAAUCUCUCGCUACAAGCGGUCGGAAGACAUGCAUCAUUAUCGUUGAAUUCCGCUGUUGAGGAGCCAGCAUUUGCACGAAGGAGGAGAGAGGGUAAAAUUCGGGGUGUAGAACAGCAUUCGUCGAGGAAGAAACCCCCUGCGUUCGGUGCCAGUUUUAAACGUAACACGAUCUCUGCCGGUUGGAAGUUUUAACCGCAGCACAACAGUAAGCACACACGACAGCCAAAAUGGUGGAUUACUACAAAGUUCUGGAUGUGUCCAGAACGGCCACAGAAGCCGAGAUAAAGAAAGCGUACAAAAAAUUAGCCCUACGAUGGCAUCCAGACAAAAACCCCGACAACCCGGAAGAAUCCAAUAAGCGGUUUAAGGAAAUUUCGGAAGCCUACGAAGUGUUGUCCGAUGCCUACAAACGACACAUCUACGACAACCGGGGCACCAGGAAGGGUGCGGCCGGCGCUGGGACCGGUGCUGGCACCGGUGGCGGAUUCGGCAGCGGCACUGGCAGCUACUCAGCCUACACCAACCGCGACUACAGUCGCAAUGGGGGCUAUGACCAUUUCCAUCACCAUCGCUACGGCACUGGCGGCAGCCGCUACGGCUCUUCCGCCGGUGGCCGGGAGAAUGGCAGUAGUCGUACGUUUUCGUUUAAGGGAUUUUUUGAGACGACGCCGUUUUUCCGCUUCUUUGAAAAGAAAAGACGCAUCUACGAUCAGUACGGCAAGGAAGGACUGGUUAACAACGGCUCCUCCGAUCGGUAUCAUCAGAGCACACGGCACCGGCGACACAACGGCAGCAAUGGAGCCGGCAUGGAUGACUUCGAGUUCUUUGGCUUCCCGUUCACAUUCCGUGACCCGGAGGAGGUGUUCCGGGAAUUCUUCGGCGGAUCACCGUUCGAUGAGCUUUUUAGAAUUAGUCAGCCCGCACAUCACAAUGGCCGCCGAGCGAACGGAGCGAACGGUCAUCAUCACCACCACCAUCAGCGACACUCGCACCCGCAGAACAUCAUCUCGUCGCCGUUCAUGUCACCGUUCAUGAGCAUCAAUCUGAUGGAUGAUUUCUUCAACGCCGGCCACGUCGGACACCGAGGCGGUGGCAUCAGUUCCAUCUCGGAAAUCACCAUGGGCGGCGGCGGCCCUGUCAAGCGUACCUCAACCUCCACCACGUUCAUCAACGGCAAGAAGAUGAUGACGAAAAGGGUGUACGAGAACGGUACGGAAACGGUUAUGUCCUACGAGAACGAUGUACUAAAAUCAAAGACUGUCAAUGGGGUCGCUCAAGCUAUACCAUACAACCAUUAAUUCACUCGGAACUAUAUUAGAGCGGUGUCCCUCUCGAAUGCUGGCCGAAGGACGAAGAUGAAGAUGAUGGAUGACAAGCGAAUGAAGAAGUGAUGGGGAAAAGUCGAGGGAGGAGGCGGCAGUGAAUUAAACAAACAAUUAUUUUCGUAUAGCUACCGAACGUAGGUUUAGUAAUACAAAUAAUAAUAUUAAUUCAACUACAAAAGGUAGGAAAACGCUCUACGAAUAAUUUAUGAGGGAUCGCGAAAGAGAAGGAAAUCAAAUGUGGCCGAGGUGGAAAACACGGCUUCGUUUAAAGGAAGCAGAGAAGAAAAUGAUAAGAAACUACGAUUGGAGACUGGUACUUAGGAUGUCUGCUGGUGAGGAAAGUCGUGAGGACAACUGGAGGGAAAGUAGCGGUUGUGUAUUCGAAUUAUUUUUUUUAUCUGCCUCAUUCCUACCCUGGUUGGCUACAAGGAAGAGUUUCAGUCGAGAUUCUCCCCUCGACGGAUUCAAGACUUUGUUCCAUCGCACGUGGCUCGUGUUCAGACCGGCCUACGCGCUUGGCUACCGUCAACCUCAACCAUUUUUAUUGUAUGAAUUAGUGUUUUCAGUUUUCACAAAAAUUAAUCAAAUAUUCAGUACCAUGAAUUGAGUUUGCGAACCAUGUUUUCCACUCUUCAAAUAAGCUCAAAACGCGUGACACGAUUGGAAACCACUGAUUUAUCCAGCUUGCCCAUGAAAACCAGCACUAGAGACACGCUGCAAAACUAGUAGCAAAGCAGAAAUGAUACAGAAUUUAAAAAAUGGAACUAAUAAAAGCUGAAUUUAGUAGUGUGAGGAAAUGUUUAGGCAAGCUCUACGCCAAGUCAAAGAUCCGACGGAUGGUAACUAGCGACCAAUGAAACACAAGCUGAUAAAAAGCCCAUUUUUUGGAGGUAGAGUUAACAGGCGAUGCUAGAAGAAAAAGGAAAACAGAAAGAGAGAGAGAAAGGGCGUGGAGGACAGUAAAAAUAAAUCUGCUUUACCUUUACGUGACUGCCGGAAAAAGAGAUAUGUUGAGUUCGUUUUGUAGUAUUUUUCUGUUAGAUGGCGAUCGCAGCAUCUCUCAUAAUCCCCAAUCCGCUAACACGAACGAGAAGAGGCCGAAAAACACCAACGCAAACGGUGCGGUGUUUUUCCUUUCCUUCCAUCGGGCGGUACUGUAAAAUAUUUUCACUUACUACUAUUUGUUGUGUAUUUCGUUUUUAAGUGCACGUCGGAUUAGGAUUUCGCCUAUUUUGUAAGUAUGAACUAAACUAAUGUAGUGGCCGCGUCUGAAAGAAUGGCGGGUUGGCGCCAAGGCUAGAAAUGAAAAUAUAAAAAAGUUAGCCCAUUA